UCAAAAGUGGCACAGUAUACUAAGUACUCUAGGAUUUCAUCUCAGUACUUUUUAGUUUUUGCUUUUACUAUCUAUUUCAAUGGUGGGUUGCUCCUGGUUCAGUCUGGUUCUAUAGAACUGGUAGUAAAACCUGCAGGAGGCUCCGCCCACCCAUCCUGAUGUCAUCAUGGGUGAUCUGCGCACGCGCAGAAGCGCAUGCGUGCUCCCGUUGCGAACCAGAAGUAAAGACGUUGCAGGUGGUACAACAUCGCAAAUAAUGUAGAGAAGGAGUGCUGCAUUUGAUCGGCUCAAAAAUAAGAAAGGAAGACAAUGAGACAUUUGCCCAGUGGUGAAAUCUGAACCGGUUUGCUACCAGUUUGCUGGCUGUGCAUGCAUGCUGUGUGCGCACAAGAACAAUGUGCACAUGGACCAAAUGCAAGACCAAAAGAGCAGAAAGCAGGCAGAGAGAGAGAGAGAGAGAUGCAUCUAUAACAAUAUAAUCGAUAACUAUAACAAUGUAACAGUUUCCAGGUCACCGCAAGAAAUACAUUGAAUUAAAGAAUAAUGAGAGGAAACCCUGAUGUUUUGAAAAAUCGAAGAAGUGCAAAAGGAGCUGACAAGAACAAAAAAUGGCUAGGUUCUUUUAUGGAUGAUAGAAUCCUGAGCUUAUAAGAAUUCAAACAAGCCAUUACUUACAAUGAAGCUAGACAAAAUAAAGGCCCUCAGGUCAAGGUCCUGAAAACUGAACAGCAAAAAAAGUCUACUGAAUAAUUUAAUACAGUACAUAUAUAUCAGACGGAUCAUAUCAGAGGGAAAAUGUACUUUUGAUGCUGUAUGAAUUUUAUCUUUUCCAGGCAUUGCCUAUUGACAAAUAUAAAUCUUGACAAUCUGAACUUGAUGAAUAUAAAUCACUGGGAUCUGAUGGUUUACAUCCCAGAGUUCUGAAGGGGCUGACAGGUGUUAUCUCAGAACCAUUGUACAAUAUAUUUCAAAAAUCCUGGAACACUGGGGAAUUACCUGACGACUGUAAAAGAGCUGAUGUGGUUUCCAUCUUCAAAAAAGGAAAAAAACAGACCCAGGAAACUACAAACCAAUCAGCCUAACAUCAAUAACGGUUCCUGCGCAUGCUCCAAGAUGGCGGCUUGGUGAGUUAGCAGAGGAGGAUAAGGAGUCUUCUCCUAGUCGGCCCGCACCGGUGAGAGCUUCCUCCGAUCUCCAGUCUGCAGCCCAGCAUCUUUAACAUCUGCCGGCCUGGAGGAGGUUAGAUUGGCUCCAUGCGAGGCCCGGGGGAGAACGGCAGCAGGCUUUCUUGGUCGGCUUGGUUGGUGUGGAAUGGCGGCGGUUAGCGGCGGUGGCGGUGACGGUGGUGCUUUGUUAAUGGCGGUGGAGGUGCAGCGGUGGCGGCAGCAGCCUUCUCUUAGCUGCCCGGACCGACCGGGGGAGCUGCCGGUAAACUCUCUGGCCCUGAAUUAGCCAACUCAGCUAGGGUAAUCAUCUUCCAGCCUGGAGGGAGGCUGGCCUAAUAGGGACUCAGGGCGGAUGGAGGUCCUUUACUCGGGCCUGCAUGAUGGCGGCGGUGGCGACGGUGCCUCGGCGGUGGCGGCGUUAUUGCCUCGUUGUGGGACCCAGUGGACCUCGGGUGGCCCUUCGAAGUCCGUGAGCAAUCUGGCCAGCCUGAAGGAUGAUGAGGGAGGCUGGUGGUCGGACUAUGGCUUGGCGAAGCUGUGGCUCAUGGCUAUGGUGCCUCGAGAACAACUCCGAUGGCAACAGUUUGAACAGUCUGAGGUAGCCGAGGCUGUGAGUUCCAUCUUAAGUGGCAGAGGUUACCUUUCUUUGGACUAUGAGAGACUAAGAAGAUCGGAUUGGUGAUGUCCGUGGAAAUGGCGGCCACCCUAGGUCUUUUUCCAUCUUUUGACCUUCAUCUUGUCAUCUGUGCUAGCCCCUGGUUAAUCACAUUUCCAUCUGGGCUGACUAGGAUUAGACUUUUCAUCACCUCCCGAACACUAUGUACUCACCUGCUUUGCUUCUUGGUCUGCGAGAUGCCCCCCUCUCGCAGAUUUGGCCCUCCUCUCUAUCGAGGGCCUACCUUGAUGACGGGUUUUGGAACCCCGAGAGGUGGCACGCGUCAAAAAGAAACCUUAGGAGUUUUUAAUUAAGGCUCUUAACGAAUUUUUAAAGGGAGGGAGGGUUGAGGUGGGUCGUGGGGGAGACCCAUUACAGGGGCCAGACCCUGCAAGGGCUCGCGAGUUACAGAUAGGUUCAGAGUAACACUGGGGGAGGAGGCUGGUACCCAAGGCCAUGAGGGUUAUUCAAUCGGCACGGUUAGUGGGAGGGGCAGAUAUGGCGGAAGCGGGGGUCCGUAUCUUGUUAGGGGAGUGUGCCCUCGCUGUUUACAAGCGAUUGCGCACUCCGGACCCUCUGUCUUCUCCCAUUCCCUGGGUGGCUGGAAUCCUCGGGGCCUUGACCUUCGGCUGAUGUUGUGCAACGCCAGGUCCGUGAUCAAUAAAACCCCCCUCAUUUCAGAUCUUAUUCAAGAGGGGGGCGCGGACCUGAUGGGUGUUACGGAGACCUGGUUGGGCACGGAAGGGGGUGUCCCCCUGGUAGAAAUGUGCCCACCGGGUUUCCGAGCAUUCCAUCAGCCGAGGGUACAAGGUAGGGGUGGAGGGGUGGCGGUUAUUAUAAACGAGAGUCUAGAGCUGAGGGAGGUCACUAUCCCGCAGAUAGCCGGCUGUGAGUCUCUUCUUGUUCGGUGGGGCCAGGGGUUGCAGGUGGGCUUGCUGACCACGUACCUGGCUCCCUGCCACGUGACAGCAGCCCUGCCUGAGCUGCUCGAUGUGAUUGCCGAGGCGGCAGUUGAUUCCCCCAGGCUUAUGGUCAUGGGGGAUUUCAAUUUGCCGUUGGUGGGCGAGACAUCGGUGACAGCCCGGGAGUUCAUGGUUUCCAUGACAGCCUUGGACCUGACCCAGUUAACGAAUGGUCCUACUCACAUUGGAGGAAACACGCUGGACUUGAUUUUUGUCUCGGGACAGUGGCUGAAUGAUCUGGAAUUGGGGGAUUUGGUUAUUACACCCCUGUCAUGGUCAGAUCAUUUGCUCCUUCGUCUCGACGUUCGAACCACGAACCCACACCGCAGGGAGACGGAACCAAUGCGCUGGUUCCGUCCCAGGCGCCUGAUGGACCCGAAGAGGUUCCUGACGGAGCUUGGGCCGUUUCCUGAGGAUCUGGCUCACGGCUUGACCAAAGAACUUGUCGCUGCCUGGGAAACGGCGGCGGCGGGGUUUUUGGAUUGUGUUGUGCCUUUGCAGCCUCUGACCCGGCGCCGUUCUCGACCAGCUCCUUGGUUCUCUGAGGAGCUGAGGGAGAUGAAGCGCCGGAAAAGACACCUAGAGAGCAACUGGAGGGCCAGCCAUUCCGAAUCUGACCGAACACUAGUACGGUCUUAUGUUCAGGCCUACUUAGUGGCGAUAGGGAUGGCAAAGCAGGAAUACUUUUCCGCCCUUAUCGCAUCGGCAGAUAACUGCCCAGCUGCCUUGUUUAGGGUGACCCGCUCUCUGCUUUUCCAGGGAGCUCGGGAGGACCCCUUGCAAGGACGUGCUGAGGAGUUUGGAAUGUAUCUGCACGAUAAAAUCGCUCAGAUCCGGGACAGGCUGGACACUGAUUGGGUGGAUUCGGGUGGGACGGUGGAGGCAGCUCUUGAGAAUAUUAUUUGGGGGGAAUUCGAUUCUUGUGACUCCCGAGGACAUGGACAGGAUACUGAGGGGGCUGAAUGCUACCACAUGUUUAUUGGACCCGUGUCCCUCCUGGUUGAUACUGGCCACACAGGAGGUUACACGAGGCUGGCUUCAGAGAAUUGUCAAUGCUUCUUUAAAGGAGGGUAUCUUCCCCACAGCCUUGAAAGAGGCGGUGGUGAGACCCCUCCUCAAGAAGUCUUCCCUGGAUCCAGCUAUUUUAUCGAACUACCGUCCGGUCUCUAACCUUCGUUUUGUGGCGAAGAUUGUUGAGAGUGUUGUGGCACAUCAGCUCCCUCGGUACCUGGAUGAAACUGUUUAUCUAGACCCGUGCCAGUCUGGCUUCCGGCCUGGGUACAGCACGGAGACGGCUUUGUUCACGUUGGUUGAUGAUCUCUGGAGGACCCGGGAUAGGGGUUGUUCCUCUAUCCUGGUCCUACUUGAUCUGUCAGCGGCUUUUGAUACCAUCGACCAUGGUAUCUUGCUGCAGCGGUUGGGGAGCCUGGGAGUGGGGGACACCAUUUUUUGGUGGUUCUCCUCUUAUCUCUCCGACCGCUUGCAGACAGUGUUGGCGGGGGGGCAGAGAUUGACCGCGAGGCACCUCACAUGUGGGGUGCCGCAGGGGUCGGUUCUCUCGCCCCUCCUGUUCAACAUCUAUAUGAAACCGUUGGGGGAGAUCAUCCGUGGUUUGGGGGUGAGUUGCCAGCUGUAGCUGAUGACACUCAACUGUACAUUUCCACCCCGGAUCACCCCAACGAAGCCGUCAAUGUGAUGUCCCGGUGCCUUGAAGCUGUUCAGGUCUGGAUGGGGACAAACAGACUUCGACUUAACCCAUCCAAGACGGAGUGGCUGUGGAUGCCGGCGUCCCAGUACAAUCAGCUAGUUCCGUCGCUGACUGUGGGGGGCGAAUCACUGGCCCCCAGGGAGUUGGUUCGCAGCUUAGGCGUUCUCCUGGAUGCACGGCUGUCGUUGGAAGAACACUUGAUGGCUGUUGCCAGGGGAGCUUUUUAUCAGGUUCGCCUGAUCCGCCAACUGCGUCCCUUCCUGGACCGGGAUUCGUUAUGCACGGUCACUCAUGUCCUCGUUACCUCCCACCUGGAUUACUGCAAUGCUCUCUACAUGGGGCUCCCCUUGAAGAGCACCGGGAGACUUCAACUGGUACAGAAUGCGGCUGCGUGGGGGGUAGAGGGAGCGUCUCAGAGCUUCCAUAUAACACCUCUCCUACGCAAGCUGCACUGGUUGCCGGUGGUCUUCCACGUGCAAUUCAAGGUGUUGGUGAUCACCUUUAAAGCGCUCCAUGGCAUAGGACCAGGUUACUUACGGGACCGCCUACUGCCGCCAAUAGCCUCCCAUCGACCUGUGCGCUCCCACAGGGGGGGUCUCCUCGGGGUGCCGUCAGCUAAACAAUGUCGGCUGGCGGCCCCCAGGGGAAGAGCCUUCUCUGUUGGGGCACCUACCCUAUGGAACAAACUGCCUCUGGGGCUACGCCUUCUUCCCGACCUCCGGGCCUUUAAGCGCGAGCUCAAGACUUUUUUGUUUCAAUGAGCAGGGUUGGGCUAAGAGUAAUUUUUAAUUGAGUGGUUUUAUUUCUUGUUAUUUUAAUAUUCGGCCUUAUGGUUUCAGAUUUUUAAAUUUCAAAUAUUGUGUUUUAAUUUUUGUAUAUGUCUUUUUAACUUGGCUGUAAACCGCCCUGAGUCUUCGGAGAAGGGCGGUAUAGAAAUGUAAAUAAUAAUAAAUAAAUAAAUAAAUACCUGGGAAAGAUGAUCAAAAAACAGAUCUGCAAACAUCUAGAAACAAAUAAAGUUAUAACUAAAAGCCAGCAUGGGUUUGUUAAAAACAGAUCAUGCCAAACCAAUCUUAUUUCUUUCUUUGACAAAGUGACUAAAUUAGUAGACCAGUGAAAUGCUGUGGACAUACAGCAAGGCAUUUGAUAAAGUAGACCACAACCUACUUCUUGGUAAGCUAGAAAAAUGUGAGAUAGACAGCAUCACCAUCAGAUAGAUUUCUAACUGUUUGGCAAACCAUCUUCAACGAGUCAUCCUUAAUGGUACUACAUCUUUAUGGAGGGAAGUUAAAAGUGGGGUGCCACAGCAUUCUGUCUUAGGCCCUGUACUCUUCAAUAUCUUCAUAAAUGACUUUGAUGAGGGAAUAGAUGGGGAACUCACCAAAUUUGCAGAUGGCAUUAAGCUGGCAGGAAUAGCCAAAACCCCAGAAGACAAGGUCAGGAUCCAAAAAGGU